UGGAUGGAGAGGGGUGGAGUAAAAGAGAGUAAGAGAAACCUGCACGCGAGCUGCCAGCACGAGUCUGUCUGGAGAAACAGGUAAGACAGAGAGCAUCAUCCAGAUUGCCUUCACGACUAUUCCAGCAUCAAGACUGAACAUUAGACUGGAUGUACAAGUCUGAACAUGCAGCCAGCUGGACUGGAGCAAGAAGACUACUUCGAUUUCUUGUUCAAGAUCAUUCUAAUCGGAGACACGGACGUCGGCAAAACGUCUGUGAUUCAGAGGUUCAAGACUGGGAGCUUCUCCGAGAGGCAGCAGAGCACGAUUGGAGUGGAUUUCAUCGUUCGCACCCUUAACAUCCAGGGCAGGAAAGUUAAGAUGCAAGUUUGGGACACAGCAGGACAGGAGCGUUUCCGCACCAUCACACAGAGCUACUACCGCAGCGCACAUGCAGCAAUGAUCACCUAUGAUAUCACGCGCAAGUCCACAUUUAACUCUGUACCACAAUGGAUCCAAGAGAUGGAGCAGUAUGGAGCUGCCAAUGUUCUACUGGCCCUUAUAGGUAACAAGUGUGACCUGGAGUCGGAAAGACAGGUUGAGUUUAAAGAAGCAUGUGCUUUAGCGAACCAGAAAGGAAUUGUAGUAGCACUGGAAACCUCUGCAAAGGAAGCCCAGAAUGUGGAUCAGGCCUUUACUGUAAUGGCACAUGAGCUACUGGCAUGCAAUGGACUGGCUGUAAAGGAGGACGGUUAUCGCAUGGAUUCUCAGCGCAUAUUACUGCGCUCCAACACCAAAACGAUUAACAGCCCCACAGAUACGGUGGAAAAAAAGGCAUGUCAGUGCUAACACCGGACUCAUUGUAAACAGUUUAUGCACCUAUUACAAUCUUUUGUUAAUUCAAUACUAACUCCAGUUAACACACACCCACACACACACUAUGAAUACUACUAAGAGACAUGUGUUGGUUGUCAUACUUUAGUGAACUGUCCACAGUGAGCAUACAGAUGGCAGAUUUGCCUCUCAUUUGAAAUGCAAGAUUUAAAAUCAGCUGAUUUUUCCUCUUUUAAGACACAAAUGCAAAAAUAUGAUUCCUCAAACUUGUUCCAAAAAAAAGCACCUUUACUGUAAAUGUGCUUUAAAGUUUGACUGUGGAUGAGGUUUCCACGUCAGACAGUUAACCAUGUAAAACUGUGUUUACUGUACAAAUGAUGAUGCUGAAUAUGGUGGUAUUCGAUUGUCACAUCAGUUAUUUAAGCAUUUGAGGUACAGUUUGAUGCUAAUGAAUGUUUUUGUAGAUGCCACAAAGUGUUACUGAG